UAUGAAAAUUCAAAUAAAAAAACAAAAAAAAAAAAAAAUGGAAAUGCUGGCAAGCUCUAGUGGCAAACGAAGCACGGCGUGCAAUGCUCAACCAUCGCAUUUCACUUUCUCUCGCCGUUGCAAAUUCCUUUCGUCUCCAAAUCGACCUCGCUUUCUUAGUCCUCAAAAAUCGUCUACGUCUUCUUCUCUCUCGCUGCUAUUAUCGAGAAAUGGCAUCGGGUGUAACAGCUUUUCCAUUAAAGCUUCGUCCGAGCUGGAGGUUUCUGACUCUGUUACUGGUGCUGUGCUGUUGCUGGUGGUUCAGUUUACUGCAACCUGUUUCUGUCAAAAUUCUGUUUGGAAAUAGAGAGAUUCUUAUUGAGACAGGUCAUAUAGGGAGGCAAGCUAGUGGCUCUGUGAUGGCAACUGAUGGAGAAACAAUUGUAUACACAUCUGUUUGUUUGUCAGAUGUUCCAAGCGAGCCUUCUGAUUUUUUUCCUCUUAGUGUUACUUAUCAAGAACGUUUUUCGGCAGUAGGUCGGACUAGGGGUGGUUUCUUUAAAUGA